CAGCAGUGAUUCAAGUCUUGACAAACUUAUUUAAAAUUCUCAACUCAAUACAGCGAAUCAUGGAAAUUAAAUACUCAAAUCUUGAAAAUAUUGAACUUAUUGUUCAUGGCGGGUUUGGGAGUGUUUAUAAAGCAGUUUGGAAAGAUGGUCCAAUUGUGGAGGAUAAACAAGCUUGGGAUUUGAAUAAAUCUGAAUGUAAUCUAACUUGGAAAGACAUCAUAGAAAUAUUAAGCAGAAUUAGCGAAGGACUGGAUUCUAUUUAUGAUUCAAAAUACUAUCUACACAGUGGCAACAUCUUGAAUGAAAUUUACUCUGAUAAUAUUAUCGGAUCAGUAAUUUCAGAUUUUGAGGUUUUACUUGGUAAAGAGUUCACUAAAGCAGCAGUUAUUUAUGAGUUUGGAAUGAUAAUGUCAGAAUUGAUUAGUGGUGAACACCUUUUGUUAAUAGGGAAUUUAGAUUUUGAUGAAUUUGAAUUUAGCAAAGAUGAAUCGAUCAAAGUUAAUGAGGAUAAAUCAAGUGAAUUUAAUGAUGAUGAAUUAAUAAGGGAAACAUUUAGCCAGAAAAGCGAAAAUAAAUGGCAAGCACAAUUAGCAGAAUUGGCUACUAAUCCAACACUCAUGAAAAGAUCGCAAAAUAUGCUUACCAGUAAAUGACUCGGUUAUUCAUUGUAUCUUUCUCGAAAAUUUACUGUUGACGAAAGAAUAAACUAAAAUUAACUGACUAAUAAGACUUGCAUAUAUUUAAACGAAGAAAAAUUUCAUAAUUUCUCAAUUAACAAUUUAUG